AUGGUUUUCAGAGAUUUUCGCACAGAACGUUCCUGCCAGUGGUCCCAUGCUGCAAGCGAAAGCCAUGGGCUUCGUAAACCUACUCAUGAUGACUUCAAUCCAUUGAACGGCUGGAUUCAACGUUUCAAGGAUCGUCAUGGUAUCAGCAGUAAAGUCGUCGCUGGAGAAAGUGGAGAAGUGUACGACGCCAGCAUCCAGGCGUGGCUCAAUAUCAACCUGGAGGCAAUGCUAUCAUCGUACGCAGACUGUGACAUCUACAGUGCUGACAAAGCAGAGCUAUUCCACUACCUGCUUUCAAGCUGUACGCUUGCACUGAAAGGCGAACCCUACACCGACCGCAAUGUGUCAAAGGACCGUGUUAUGGUGUUGUUCUGCGCCAACAUGGAUACCUCCAACAAGUGUCGCUGGUUCAUCAUCGGAAGAUCUGCACGGCCACGUUGUUUCAAAACCCGUGGAUGUCUAACUGUAACCUAA